CGGUCCCCGCCGUUCAACCCUUUCGAUACCAGGAUUUGGGUGGCCAGGACGAGGAAGAGGACGGUCCCUUCUUCCAAUGCCGGGAAGCUGAGAUGGUGUCAGGAGUGGGAUCCAAAGUGGAGCUUCUAGCGACCACCAGGAGCACUGAGUGAACAUGCAAGGUACCUGCAGGACCCACUUGUGUCCAUCGAUCUCUCACAGCACCUGGGGAUCACAGAACCUGCAGAUUGGAUCGUCUGAGAACACCAGAGAAAGAGAAAGACUGUCCUUGCCAUCCACACUACAGCAAAACUUUGGAGCUUUAAACCUUGGGUUCAUAAUCUCACAACUGAGGAGGGUCCCUCCACACUCCUGGAACUGUACACCCAUUGGAACCCUUAAGACAGAGACCCAGAAGGAAUUGUGGAGAACAUCUCAUCAGAGCUCUCACUCGUCUUCUCCUAUUUCUGAAGUACUCCAGAAGUGAAACAACUCUCGGGCUUACGUCCCACAGGCCUCUCUUGAAAGCAAGGUCUAUGCCAGUGUUAGAAUCAGGCUAACUCGUCAGAAUUUCCCCCGUGGCAAAGCUCACUUCAACCAGAAUUGGAAUUACUUUCUGCAGGAAUCAUUGUAGUCAAUCAUUUUCCAGUUCUCAGCCGCUCGGUUGUGAUCAAGAGACACAUGGUUUCCGAACUGCCAGCUCAGAAUAGGAAAAUACUUGGGAUUUUAUAUUGGAAGACAUGGAUCUUGCUGCCAACGAGGUCAGCAUUUAUGACAAACUUUCAGAGACUGUUGAUUUGGUGAGACAGACAGGCCAUCAGUGUGGCAUGUCAGAGAAGGCAAUUGAAAAAUUUAUCAGACAACUGCUGGAAAAGAAUGAACCUCAGAGGCCCCCCCCACAACAUCCUCUCCUUAUAGUUGUGUAUAAGGUUCUCGCAACCUUGGGAUUAAUCUUGCUCACUGCCUACUUUGUGAUUCAACCUUUCAGCCCAUUAGCACCUGAGCCAGUGCUUUCUGGAGCUCACACCUGGCGCUCACUCAUCCAUCACAUUAGACUGAUGUCCUUGCCCAUUACGAAGAAGUACAUGUCAGAAAACAAGGGAGUUCCUCUGCAUGGGGGUGAUGAAGACAGACCCUUUCCAGACUUUGACCCCUGGUGGACAAAGGACUGUGAGCAGAAUGAGUCAGAGCCCAUUCCUGCCAACUGCACUGGCUGUGCCCAAAAACCCCUGAAGGUGAUGCUCCUGGAAGAUGCCCCAAGGAAAUUUGAGAGGCUCCAUCCACUGGUGAUCAAGACGGGAAAGCCCCUGUCGUCGGAGGAGAUUCAGCAUUUUUUGUGCCAGUACCCUGAGGUGAUAGAAGGCUUCACUGAAGGGUUUUUCGCCAAGUGGUGGCGCUGCUUUCCUGAACGGUGGUUCCCAUUUCCUUAUCCAUGGAGAAGACCUCUGAACAGAUCACAAAUGUUACGUGAGCUUUUUCCUGUUUUCACUCACCUGCCAUUUCCAAAAGAUGCCUCUUUAAACAAGUGCUUCCUUCUUCACCCGGAACCUGUUGUGGGGAGUAAGAUGCAUGAGAUGCGUGACCUAUUUAUCAUGGGCAGCGGCGAGGCCAUGUUGCAGCUUAUCCCUCCCUUCCAGUGCCGAAAACAUUGUCAGUCUGUGGCCAUGCCAAUAGAGCCGGGAGAUAUCGGCUAUGCCAGCACCACUCACUGGAAGGUCUACAUUAUAGCCAGAGGGGUCCAGCCUUUGGUCAUCUGCGAUGGAACCACUUUCUCAGAACUGUAGGAAAGAGAACUGUGCACAGGAACAGCUUCCAGAGCCGAAAACCAGGUUGAAAGGGGAAAAAUAAAAAACUAUGAAACUGCUUUCCAGGGGUUGGUUACUUAGUUACCUGCCCUUUGCAUGCAUGUGUGAACCAGCUGUGAGCUGCAAGGCAGUGGCCAGGGCCUAGCCCUCCUGACUCUUCCUGCAGAUGGCUCAGGAAGGAUUCAGCCUGGCCACUUGGCUAGGACUCUGCCAGCACCCAUCUGAGACUGACCUCUUCCGGGCCUUUGGGCACUAAGACCUUGAUGCUGCCCCUUAGGCAGGAAACAGGGCUGGUGUCUGCCUUCGCCUGUAUUGCCAGCUUCCUUCCCUGGCAGUGGAGAGGGCAGCCAACAGGUUCUGAUGUCAGAGCCAUCCUUUACCAGGUGGGCCUGCUCGUCCCCAUCUUCCUGGCCACAUCACUCUACUUUUUGGAAAGCCAUGGCUGAUUAAAGAAGUUCUUGUAGUUUCCCAAACGAAAUGGAAUCUAGAAGCAGUGAAAAAAGGUCAGAUAACUUUGAAUUGCAUUCAAGAAGUACACUUCUUUCCCAUUGUCCGUGGCACUUGGAGUCUCUAUGAUGCCAGGCUAGAGUCUGAUCAUAUAAUAAUUCAAAGUGGUAACUCCCAAGGUAAUGCUUUCUUCCAUUUCAUCAGGUUCUUAUAUCCCCACUGCACUCCCUCCCCUUCUCCCUUGCCUGUCUGAAUGGCUUCUUGGAAGCUUGGCUCUAGUCCUCCCUGCCUUGGCAGGGCCAGAGCCCACUACUGCUGAGGCAGCACUGCUCUUGUCAGCUGUGUUGCCUUUACCAAGUGUCUUCAGAGGGUUAUGAGUUAGAGUAGCUGGCCGGGGGAGAGGGUGCCUCCCUGGGUUUGAUCUUUAGGGUCUGACUUUCUGCAGAGAAGAUGUUUUACAGAUGUGUCAAAGCUGAUGUUGUAAUGUGGUUGGGGGAGGAAAUCCAGACCCAAAGUGUUUGUCAGCUGGGUGUACAAAUGACUGUGUGAUCCUCUGUCUUAAAAUGAUUUCUGUCUGUGCUGGGAAACAAAAACAAGGUGAGGUAUUUUUCUUUUUUGUAAUAAUAUAAAGCUGUGUGUUUCUGA